CUUUUUAGGAAAAAUGUCUGGGUUGCCUGGCAUGAAACCAAUUCUUUCUAUGUGAAACCAUUGUGAGAAUGGAAGAAGGUGAAGAAUUGGAGACAACUGCAUCCAACCCAGACCCCACAAAAGUGGGACCCGUGUUGGUGGGACAAGGUGAAAAACCAACCACCAUUCGUAUCAAACUGCCAGAGCAAACUCAGUUAGGCCUAUUACCAGGGGAAAGCCUAGAAGAUGAAGAAGUAGAACGUCUUGGUGUCUCAUCCACUGUUGAUACAGAAUGUGCACCUUCCUCUGCCUCCACACAUGAGUCUGACCAAGCUUCAACGGCAUCAACCCCUACACCAACUUCAGCCCGUGGAGGAGAGGAACAUGACAACCUGGAUUUUGCUCAAGGCACUAUUGGUGUCCCAAAGCUCCCAAGAGUCAAGCCACGUAAGGAAGGGAAACCAAAUCCUCAGGCUCUCCUAACACCAAAGUAUUUCAGCAUCAAGAUAAAACGCCUUGACAGUGGUGCGUACGUGAAGGGAGGCAAGGUGGUUCGACUGUCUAGCAAAAAAUCCAGAGAUAAUGACAUGGGAGAUCCUGGGGGGUUGAUAGAUGAUUCUUCUGAUCAGAAUUCACAGCUUCCUGAAUUUGUGGAGAAAUGGCCUGGGAGGUUCUGUGGUUUUUGUGGCCUGGGAGAUAACAGUCUUCUUGGCCAAGGAGAGCUCUUGAGGAUUGAACCCAAUCCUGAAUUUUCCCCAGUUGAAUACUUGAAUACCAUCAAGAGAAGUGAAGGCCAAUUUAAAGCAAGUACUAGUGGUUCUUUCAGUACAUCUAAGAAGACACCAAAAACACCCACAUCUGUCACUUCCCCCCCAUAUUUUGGCUCGAAAAGGGAGAAGUGCCGCUCUCCACGAAAGAACUCCAGCACAGACUUUGAACCAUUUGAUGAACUCGCAUGCAUUGGAUUUGCAGAAGAACCUGAUCUCUCACUUCUGUUUGAUCAGUCUGGUCACUGUUAUGCACACAGGAAGUGUGCACAGUGGUCAACUGGGGCAAAUCCCCUUGUAUCCCUGACUGAUGUAGAUAAGGCAAUGGUGAAGGGGUUGAUGGAACGCUGCACCCAGUGCCGGCGCCUGGGUGCCACGAUACGCUGCCGUGUGUUCCAAUGUCCUGCCCAGUUUCAUUACCCAUGUGCUGCCACUGCAUGUGCAUUCCAGAAUCCACGGAACUUUACCAUCAUCUGCCUUGAUCAUCUUCCUGAGGCACCUACACUUGCUGGCUCAGCUGCAAGAUGUCUUCUGUGUGAUGAACCUGGUGACAUGAAGGAGCUGGUGUUCUGCACCAACUGUGAUCAUCAUUUUCAUAUAUACUGUGUCUCUGAUGAUUCUCACAUUAAUUCCUGGAAUCGAGCUGGUUGGGAGUGUCCAUCAUGUAAGACAUGUGCUGUGUGUAAAGACAUAGCUGAGGAGACCAAUUCCAUUGACUGUGACAUUUGCUACAAGUCAUAUCACCUCCAGUGCAUUCGUCCACCUCUCCCUGGCAUACCCAGAACAUGGAAAUGCAAGAACUGUCGGGUAUGCAGUGACUGUGGGCAACGAACCCCAGGGACAGGGAACACCCCUCGAUGGCAUUCCUAUUUCACCAUCUGUGAUCCUUGUUACCAGCUGCGUAACAAAGGCUCCUGCUGUCCUGUCUGCAGAAGGGCUUAUCGGAAGGAUGUGCACAAGGACAUGGUGCUUUGCACGGGUUGCAAGAGGUCGUGUCCUUCGGCAUACAACCGUAUAUUAUUACAGCCCUGGUGCUCUCCAGCCAUGAACCAGCCCUACCCUCUUACUAAGGAGCAAGUUCGCCUGCUUCUUCUUUAUGACUUCCGAAUCGAGAAGAAGGCAGCCAAUUCCAUCGCUGACAUCAAUACCGCGUUUGGCCCGGACACUGCGUCCAAGAGCACUGCCUAUGAUUGGUACAGUCGCUUCCAGAAAGGAAAUGAAAGCCUGGAAGACCAGCCACGCACCGGUCGUCCUUCGGAGUUUGAUAACUCUGCCUUGCAGGAGGCACUGGAGGCCAACAACCGGCAAACAUCGCGAGAGCUUGCGGACUUGCUGGGUGUCUCCCAUACAACUAUCCUUCAUCAUCUGGCUGAGCUUGGCAAGAAGGCAAAGUUGGGGUAUGUGCAUGGUGGCCUUGAAAUAAGCAUGGACUCUGGGACUGGAGAAUCUUCGUCCUUUGACCCAUACAAUCCUUUGGAACUGGACAUCAGCCAGUCAGAUAAGGGACCCGGACUGGAGGAAGGAAGUUCUGGCGGACGAGGGAAGCCUCUUUUCUCACCAACUCUUCCCUCUGGCACAACUGUUCAACAUAGAAAGAAAGAGCGAUCCAAAGGGACUGCAUCCCCACACAGCUCUACCAGCAAUAAGAAGAAUCGAGUUCCUGGCCUGAACAGGCGCCGACAACCCAAACCCAAGAUGAGAGGCCUCUUUGGUGCACCUGGAAUUGGCCUCCAGAGGCCAACAUUGGAAGACAUGGGAAGUGGACUCCCGGAGACCAAUGAAGAGAACAAGCUGAUUUUGGUGGCAUCAGAUGACAAGUUUUCCCUUACCCAGGAUAUCUGUGUAAUGUGUGGGGCAUUUGGCACUGACCAAGAGGCACGUCUCAUUGCAUGUGCCCAAUGUGGCCAGUGUUAUCAUCCAUAUUGUAUCAACACCAAGGUCUCCAAGGUGAUACUGGAGAAGGGAUGGCGGUGCCUGGACUGCACAUUCUGUGAAGGUUGUGGUCAGCCACAUGAUGAGGAGCGUCUCCUUCUCUGCGAUGAUUGUGACAUCUCCUACCACACUUACUGCCUCGACCCACCACUUGAUUUUGUGCCACAGGGGACAUGGAAGUGUCAGUGAUGGCUUCAUGCCUCGUGUGACCUGAUUCGAUCUGAGAAGGAGGCUGAGCAGUGUGUGAGCCAAGGAUACACGUGUAUUCUCUGCAGGCCUCGUGAUGCUCCACCACCUCAUCUCAUCCCUGAAUCUCCUCCUGAGUAUGUCACCUCUCCCUGCAGCCCAGAUAUAUUCACGGGUUUGCGAAGCAAUGCAACAUACAAGCAAGACAAUGUGCUGCUGUCAGAAGCUGGGAUGCAGAUGAUCAAAUGCCUUAAGGAUGCCUUAAUUGAAAAUGUGAACUCACCUCUUGAGGAGAUCAUGGAAAAUAGAAAGUCUCCAGUAAAGAAAAUGCAGGACAUUGAGGCAGGGAUCCUGGCUGCAAUUGAGUCUGUUGUCACUGGAUCUCAACCACCCCUACUUUCUCCUCAAGAAGGAAACCUGGAAGGAAUGAUAGGGGAGGAAGAGCACAGCAGAGUAAUGCCUGCAACCCAGGUGGGUCUCUCAAAGGAGGAUCUACCCGGAGGAUAUGUCCUUGUAGAAGGUGAAGGGGGAAUUGUCAUGAUGAAGAAGAAGCGCUUCCGCAACCUCCGCAAUCUUGGUAUAGGAGGUUUUUAUGCAAAAAGUACAGCUAGGCAGAAGAAACCUGAUGUGGAGAGGGAAACAGAAGAGCUGGGAGCUGGGAAUCCAGGUGAUAUCAUAGGUGGUGAUAAUGAAGACCGACCCAAGAAGAAACCUCGAAGAAACUUCCGGCCAAAGAGCAAAAUUCUUGAGACUUAUCCCUCCUACAUCCAGGAGGCAUUCUUUGGCCAAGCUGUGGUGGAGGAGAGUCGGAUUGGAGGUGUGCAGCGGUUGGAGUUCCUUCCUGUCAUAAAGCCAGAGGAUGACUUUGGGGAACCUGCUUCUCCAGAGAUACAUCUCCAAAUAUCAUCUGAAGAGCAAAUCAUCGCACUCUCUGAGGAAGAAGUUAAGGCAAUGGCUGAGUCAAGGGAGAAGUUGAGGCAGAAAGUGGCUAAGGAGAAAGAGGAGAAAGCCCUCAAAAUGAAGCAGGCUGCUGCUGCUGCCGCCGCCGCUGCUGCCGCCCCUCCCCCUCCCCCUCCACCUGCUCCUCCUGCUGCUGCUGCCACUGUUGCCUUCCCACGGAAGAUCAAAGGAGGAGAGGAGGAAGAUGGAGAUGCCCUUCAUGAUAUUCUACCAUUGCCUGCUGGAGAAGCGGACCUCUUCUCAGAUGACAUCAUCCAGUCCCUCCUCCAAGAUGGUCAUGCUGAUGAUGCUUUGGCCCAUCUUUCUGACCCUGUUCCUGAAGAUGAAGGGAAUGCAGAGAGAAGGAAGAUGCCAUUUGGUUUUGUUCCUGUGUCAGGUUCCAGCCCAGUUCCAAUUCAAGGACCUGGCAACAUUGGGGGCAUCCCCACAAAUUCAAAUUCUAUCAUCCCUCCCCUCCCAACCCACAAACUUCCUGACCCAGAACAGUCCAUGGAUAGUACACCUCCUGUACCUGGUGACAGCCCCUCAGCCCUGAGUCCCACCCUGGGAGAGGGGGACACAGGGAGCCCUUGGAGAGGAAGUGGGGCAGGUGUUGUUGGAGAUGGAGGAGGUGGAGGAAUUGGGCCAGAAAUCCCAUCUCAAUCACAACACCUGGCCAACAUCCGAAAGUGGGAGACAGAUGAAGCCCUAGGGAGUGCAGCCACCAUCUCAGCUGUCCUCUAUGCCAAUCUCACUCAUCCCCACUUGAAACAGGAAUUUCCACACUGGCCAGAUCGGGUGAAGCAGAUCUCUAAGCUCUGGCGGGCCCUCCCCACCGAUAAAAAGGCUCCAUAUCUCCAAAGGGCUCGUGAGAACCGGGCUGCAGCACGCAUGAUGAAGAACCAGGCAUCUCCAUUCUCAUCUGGUGAAGGACUGGAGGAGUCAGGGACAGGGAAUAAAGCUCUGCCCACAUGCUUGCCUCAACAGACCCUUGAGCAGCUUCCUGUUCAACCCAAAUAUGAGACUCCUACAGAGCAAGGGAUUGGGGUGGGAGUGGGGAGCAUGAUAGGUGGAGAAGAGAGCAAUCUGGGACAGCCUGGGAGUGCUAUGGCUGCCUCUGGCAUCCCCUUCCGACAGCCACUCCCUCCACAGCUGCGCAUGAGAGCCCCACGUCCUCCUCAGGAGAGAAUCCAGGUUCUGGACCCUCGAAUCCAGAUGCUCCUGAGUCAACACCAUAGACUUCCCCAAAGACCCCCAACACCUGGUUUCCAGCACAUUCCUCCUUCAGCUGACUUGGUAGGUGGGAGAGCACCACCACAAGUGCCACAACCCAUGCAUACUGUGACAACAGCCAUAAGAUCUGACAUUCCUGCUACUACCCCAUCUUCACCAGGGAUGCUCAAGCCCCAUGAAGGGAACAACCUGGCAAGCCAUGAGCAUGUUGGUCGCAUCCCCGUUAGUGAGUCAGAUGGCCUCUCCUUGCCUCUGGAGCAAAAGCGACUCCAAGAUGUUCCCCAAGGUGCAGUGCAGAUGUGCAUCAGUCCUGCCACUCCUAGUCAUGUACAGGAACAGCCUUUGUUGCUGGAGGAUCUAGUUGAACAAGAGCGACGGGAACAAAUGAGGCAGCAGCAAGGAGGAAGUGAGAUGCCGGUGCCUGCAGGCCCACCUCCAUCCUUUCGUCACAUGCCAGGACCAGCUGGUGCCCCUGCUUCACCUAGGCCUCCUCUCCCCUCUCCCCAUCAUCAGCAUCCUCCUCCCAUACCUAGUGCAGGCCCUUCCCCCCUGAUGCAUCCCAGGGCUCCCACCUCUCAUCAAAUGGGAGUCAUGCAAGGGGAAAUGAAUCGUGGCAUCUUCCCCCCUCAUGUUGGAGGUGGCAACAAUCAGAUGAACUUUGGGACUCCUCCAAUGGGAUACCAGGAACCUGUGGUACAGCAGGACUGUGGAAUACAUCCAGCUCUCCUUCAAACACCUCGACCCCCUGUCCCACUCCAGAGUCUCCCACCACCUCCUACACCACCCGAGAAUCCCAGCACUGAUGCUGAACGGAGACAAGUGGCUGUUUAUGAAUCCUGGCUCAGCCAGCAGCAGCAGGUCCUCUCUGUUCAACUCAAGCAUUUUGAGGGAGAAGUGGGGAAACUCCGCAAAGCACGGAAAUCCCUGACGGGCAAGCAGAGGCAACUGCGGAAGAAUGGAGGGGAGCUGAUGGAUACAGAUGCAGCCACACUUGAAAGAGUCUGUUCAGAGCUCCAGGCCUUGCAGAAGCAGCUGGAUGGAGUGCGGAAGCAGAAUCGCCAGCAUGCCAUGCAUGAGAUCCCUGUGUCCUCACAAGAGAUGCAGCCAGGUUCAAUUCAUCCUCCCCAGAGAAGUCCCAAUGAGGGAUUCAGAAUGGAUCAAAGUGGAAGACUGGGGCCAGGGAUGAAAUUCCGUGCACCUCAAUGCCAAUCAGGGCCAGUGACACCACCAAUGGUGGGACAGCCUUCUCCAUCCCCAACAUUGAGCUCCCCCUCCUUCAUCCCUGUGCCAUCACCCUCUCCAGGGCAGAAUAGUCAACCUUCACCUUCCCCUGGACCCAACUUCAGACUCCCAUCUCCGGCUGGCAGUCUCUCCAGCCAGCCAUCACCUUCCCCACUUGGUGGGAGUCCAUGGGCACCACCCCCUCGCUCCCCUGCACCCAUGCGCCACCCUGCAUCUCCCAUGCCACCUCAGCAGCAACCACCAGGAGACAUGAAUGGAGGAGGAGGGAAUCCAAAUAAUCCCAACAAUCCUGCUCCACAUCCUCCUGGUGAUUUCUUCAGGAUCUCAAACUUCUCCUUUGUGAAGCUUGGCUUACGAGGUGGGAGUCCCUUCACCUCUUCAGCAUCAUCUGCCACCUCCUCCACAUCGUCUGAACCUGCUCCUCCACCCUCGGUGCCACCCCAGGUGAAUGAUGCCCCAACAGCAUCAACUGUUUCAUCAUCAGAGUCUUUGUUGAUCUCAGAAGGAACGGGUAGAGUGUCAAGUUCAACACCUGUUCCGACUCAGUCCUCCACGAUGGUGUCUAUGGAGUCAAAGCCGGUGGUGCUCCCUACACAGACGACUAACACCACUACUCCUCAGUUGAUGAAGGCCUUGACUGAGAUGAGGGAGACAAAGAAAGACAGACGGCAGAGUGGGGGGCAGUUGGCUGCCAUGCUGGAGGGAAUUGGUGAAGGGGCAGUAUCCAUGGGUCUGUCCAUGGAUACCAACCCUAGUGAACCAAUCCCUUCAACUCACAUGUCAUCCCUCACUCAUGUCUCUGUGGCUCAUUGUUCUAGCACAUGCAGCAGUGGAAACACUUCUGUUGCAUCAGUUCCAUCUCUCAACUGCAGUGGGUUUGCAAGUGCAGCUGGAACGUUGGGCAAUGAAGUGUCUCCUUCCAAGCUGGAAGAAGCACAGAAUGUGUUGUUGAAACAGCUGUUGCAGACUACAAGUGUCCCACCACCUCCCACUCCUCCAGCAUCUCAGUACCCUGCUACAUCACAGUUAAGCAGCAAGGCAUUCCAGAUCCCUCAUCCCACACCAAUCAUCAUGCCCAAAGCAGGAGGAAACCCUACUGAUGCAUCCCCAAUCGAGCAACCUGCAAGCAUUCCCUCUCAAUCACUGAAGGAGAAGAAUGAGGAGAUAGUUAUGACAGAGGGGAGCAGCAGGAAAGAAGGACCACCAUGUCGUCCUCCUCCUGUGUCUCUUCCAGCCAUGUCUCAGCCUCCUUCCACUCCGCCCAUGUCCACACCUGUGCCUUCAACUCUUCACCCUCCCAUUCUUCCACCAUCCCACCCACAUCCUAUCCCAUCACAAGUAGUCACACCAACCCACACCCCCACACCCACCCCAACACCCACCUCCACCCCUACACCCACUCCUCCUUCAACACCAUCUUCGGUGUAUGCCCCUGUCUCUUCUCACGUCUUGACACCUCACCCAACUUCUCAUCCAUUGUCUUGUGCUUAUGCUCAUCCAGUCAUUCCGUCCUCUCUGUCACCGGUACAUGCAUCUGCCACUGCUCCCACCACUCCACUGUCAACUUCUGUUGAUACCUUGGAUCUGCAGGUUCCAGCUUGUGUUCCUUCCUCGCAAACUGAAGAAGAACUGAGGAAGCAGAGGGACUUGGAGGAGAAGAAGAUGAAGCGUCGGCUAUAUCAAAAGAAACGUCGCCUCCAACAGAUCCAGCAGAAACAAGCUGCAGAGCAAGGAAUUAAUGUUUCACCAGUUGUGAAAAAACGUGCACGUCGGGCAUCCUCAAAGGUAGAGGAAGAUUAUGAUGCAUACAUGGAGUCAUUGCUGGAGUUGCUCCGAUCACUGCCGCCGAUUCCCAUCAAUGAGCCACCGGCAGAAGUUACUCCUUCCUUCAAAUUAUCCAAGGAAGCAGGGAAAGGAGUUUUAGAGGGAAAGUUUGGGAAGGCAUUCAUCCCAUCCAAAGGAGACUAUUACUCAAUGCAUCCCUUUGGUGAUCUCCAGCCAUUGAAUGAAAGGAACCCUAAAUCAAGCCAGAGGGGGCUAUUUGGCACUGAAUUCCCUCCCCGAAAGAAGGAAGAUGGUACAUACCCGUUAUUGGAGUGGGCCCGAACAGUCAUCAGGGACACAGACUCUCCAGAUUCUGUUGCCAGUGCAUCCACAUCUUCAUCUCUUCAUGAUGAUGAUUGCAGUCCCCCUCUCUUCCCAAUCCUGUCCAGUUUCUACACGGAGGCAGACAACAUCAAGGUGGAGGAGCCUGAGUUGGAGUUGGAGAAGAAUUGCAUUGAGGUGAAGCAUGAAUGCAAUUCACCUGAUAUCCCAAUGCCAUGCUAUGGUGAUCUGGAGAGGGAGAAGGCAGUGAGUAUUGAGAUGAAGGAAGAGAGGCACGGUGAGCUUUUUCCAUGCCACAAUUCAGCUGCCAACGUGACGGUGACGCUCACGUUGACGGCCGAUGCGGCUGGAGACAUCUCGGGGGUUCUAGAGAAGCUUGCCUUGCUCCUGGGCAUCACCCCACCUGCCAACUUCCACAUCAUUGAGAGGACUGUCACACCUCCAUCUCAGAAGCUGGGUCUUUAUCAGAGCUUGUGGGAUGGGGAUGCUGCUGCCAUGGACAUUGGGAGCAUGGUGAAUGGAGCCCCCAAGUUUUGUCGUCACUGCGACGUGGUGAUCAUGUCCGAUGCCAUCGUGAAGCCUGUCACUGAGUUCCCCUUCCUCUCUAUUGAGGAUUCACAGGUUUCAUUCUGCAGCUCCACCUGCUACAUGCAGUAUGCCUUUGACCACAGGGCUUUCAGUGCCAAGAAGGAGGCAGAGAUGGUGGUGGAGCAUGGGUGGAAGGAAGGUGGGUUCACUGCAGAUGAAAUGGAUAGCACCAGUGAUGAAAACAAUACACAAGACUCCUCCCAUCUCCCUCAUGUCACCUCAUUCCUGCCACCCAUGGAGGGGGGAUGGAUUGGGGGGAGUCCAUUGCUCCCUGACUCUCUCCCUGAUGAGAUGAGGGAGAAUGGAAUGGGGGUAGGAGGAGGUGGUGGAGUGCAAGGUGGAAGUGGGGGAGGAGGAGGAUCAGGGUCAGUGAGUCAGAGUGAGGAUCAGCAGGUGAAUAUUCCACAGAAGGUUUGGAAGGGGAUUCGUUACAAGACAUGGGCACCUGGUGCUCUCACCCCGACUUCCAAGUAUCGAUCUCCCACAGACAAUGAACUCACCGAGAUGUUGUUCCGUAUGGGAAUAUGCCUGAUGCCUGGACGGGAGACAUAUGACAAUCGCGUCUGCCUGUUUUGUUCCCAACCUGGUGAUGGAGUCUCUGAUGGACCUGCCAGGUUGUUGAACUAUGAUGUGGACAAAUGGGUGCAUUUGAACUGUGCCUUGUGGGCGGAAGAAGUGUACGAGACAAUCAGCGGAUCUUUGGUGAACACUGAAGAAGGGCUGAAGAAGGCACUCACAUUCAACUGCAUUGUCUGCCUGAAGCCUGGUGCCACUGUGAGGUGCUUCAAACUUCGUUGCACCAAUGUGUAUCACCUUGGGUGUGCUGUGAAGGAGGGAGGCGUGUUUUACAAAAAUAAGGCAGUUUACUGCUCGCAGCACAUAUUGAGGAACGAGAAGGACAACGAGCUGACGACACUGGCUGUAUUCAGACGGGUGUACAUCGAACGGGAUGAGAUUCGUCAGGUGGCAUCCAUCAUGCACCAAGGGGAUGACAACCACGUUCUCCGGGUCGGGUCCUUGAUCCUCCUUGACCUUGGGCAGCUUCUACCUCAUCAACUUCCUUCCUUUCACAAUAAUCACUUCAUCUACCCAAUUGGAUACAAAAUACUUCGGAUGUAUUGGAGUAUGCGUCGUCUGAACAAACGUUGCAUAUACGAGUGCAGCAUCGCCGAGAAGGAUGGACAACCCGAAUUCAUGAUCAAGGUACAAGAACCACCCUAUGAGACACUUACUCUCUCUGACACAACACCCAGGAAGGUGUGGUUGAAGAUCUUGGAACCCAUUGCUGAGCUCCGCAAGGCCAGCGCUUGCAUGAAUGUCUUCCCACAGUUCAUCUCAGGGGAAGAUCUGUUUGGAUUGACAGAGCCGGCCAUCAUCCGCAUCGUCGAGUCCCUACCCGGCAUAGACACCCUCACUGACUAUCAAUUCAAAUAUGGGAGGAAUCCUAUCUUUGAGCUUCCUUUGGCCAUCAAUCCUAGUGGCUGCGCCCGAUCGGAACCAAAGUUGAGGACUCACUUCAAGAAACCCGCCACAUCUCACCGACGAGUUGGGCCGGUGAUGCCUACUGUGAUGGGAAGUGCUGGAGGAGGGGGUUCAAGUGGUGCGAACAGCAACAGUAGCAGCAGCAACUCUGGAGCAUCUUUGCUCCACUCUCUCUAUGCAUACGAUCCAUAUGGCCUAUUUGGCAAGCAGUACAUCCACAGCAAGAGUUCCCAAUACAAGCGCAUGAAGCAGGAGUGGCGAAAUAAUGUCUUCCUGGCCAGGUCCAAGAUCGCCGGUCUGGGUCUGUAUGCCGCCCGAGACCUGGAACGAAAUACGAUGGUGAUCGAAUACAUAGGAGAGACGAUCCGACUGCAGAUCGCAGAGCUGAGGGAGAAGCGCUACCAGGCCCAAAAUAGGGGGAUCUACAUGUUCAGGCUGGACGAGGAACGAGUGAUCGAUGCCACGCUCAAGGGCGGCCUCGCUCGAUACAUCAAUCACUCGUGCUAUCCGAACUGUGUCGCAGAGGCGGUCGAGGUGGAUCGAGACGUCAAAAUCAUCAUAUUUGCAAACCGACGCAUUGCUCGCGGUGAAGAGUUGGCGUACGACUACCGCUUCGACGUGGAGGAUGACAACAAGAUUCCGUGCCUGUGCGGGGCACUAAAUUGUCGCAAGUGGAUGAAUUGACUGUUCCCAGGCAUUGCUUCUUUCUCAAAUUUCUUUUUUCACUAUUUUCUGCUCCCUCCCUCUAGUUCAAACGCCAUUCAACGCAUUGAUAUCAACAUGGGCAUAUUGAUGAAUGAAAAUUUUUUAUGUUGGUGUGCAUGAGAAAAGAAAGUGAGAGGAGAUACCAUGAAGUAUUGUUGUGUUGUUUCCUUUUUUGUUUUUGCAGAGAUAAGAAUAAAUGGUUUUCCA